AUGGAACGACCGUCGACGUGCCUCGUGUUCGCGUGCCAACGAGGCUUCCUGCUCCUCAACCGCAAGGGCUGCGCACUCCGACUUGAAGCCACGUGCGGGAGUGCCUGGAGUUGGGUUCUUGGAGCAGUCUUCCGUGCGAGUCCGGGUGCCACCAGAAGUCCUCCUAGCCAGCUAAAGCAGGAGUGUGUGCAGUUGCGUUCUCGAGCCGUCGUCCGUGGGAGUCCCGGUACCACCAGACGUCCUCCUAGCCAGCAGGAGUGUGUGGAGUUGCGUUCUCGAGCCGUCGUCCGUGGGAGUCCCGGUACCACCAGACGUCCUCCUAGCCAGCAGGUGUACGUGGAGUUGGAACCUCGAGCCGGUCUCCCGUGUCAGUCUCGAUGCCACCAGACGUGCUCCUACCGGGCCAGCCCAUCCAGACGUGACAUUCCUACGCCGCUGACAAGAUCGAGCCACAACUAGGCACCCACGCACGACCGAGAGGGCCGCCCGGCACAUAUUGGACUCAUUCGUGAAAUCAGGUCCGGCCCCAGGGAGCACGAAUGUGCACCCUAGGGCCAUGACUUUGUCUAGGGGGCCCAAAACCACCGGAAUUCUUCCGGGUAUACUCAUUGACCCUAAUAAAGCAGUGAAACAUGGCA